CAAGAAAUCUGCACUCAGAGCUGCUGCGAGAAUGCGCCCAUUCCCCAUUCCACCAGGGGUACUGCACGCCAGGGUUGGCUGCAGACAAAUCUAAACCCCAACCUUGACCCAAGAUCAAGUCUGGCUUCUCGGCCCUUCCCUGGAAAUGCUUGGCCUUCCGGAGAUUGUGGGCACAUGUGGGAUUAACGUGCGAAUGCCUUUUUUGCUAGGCCGUCGAACUAAGCCGUUCUCUCCGUGCAACUGUCAGCGUCCUGAUGACAAUCAUGGACUAGAAAAGAAGAUUGCCGCCCUGCAUCCUGCUAGGAAUUGUAAACUCGUUCCUCCAAGCCAAGCCACCUUUGUGUCUCCCAUUUUGUCAGGAUGAAGUUUUCAACCCUUGCACUUCUGGCCAGCAGCCAGACUGUCGUCUCUGCCUCUGUCCUAAAAAGCCGCGCUUCGCCAAGUGCAUACGUCUCAUCCUCCGACCGGAAGUAUAAUCUGAGCCCAUGGGAUGCGCCUGUUUCCGGAGCGGGUUCGCCUGGCUCUGCAUCUACUUGGUCGCUCAAGAUUGAUGACACGGCUUCCGGCUACAAGCAAAAGGUCACAGGCUUCGGUGCCGCAGUGACAGAUGCCACCGUCGAUGUCAUCAACCAGCUCCCUGCCAACCUCCGCACUCAACUUCUAAACGAGUUGAUGACUGGAGUAGGGGCUGACUUUAGCCUGCUGCGCCAUACUGUCGCAUCCUCGGAUCUAUCCGACGACCCUGCAUACACGUACGAUGAUGCGAGCGGGAACGUGGAUACUAGCCUCAGCAACUUUUACUUAGGUGACCGUGGAAAUGCCAUGGCCGAAUUGUUGGCUGAGAUGAAGGCAUUAAACUCCAACACCAAGUUGCUGGGUUCUGUCUGGGCCCCGCCUGCGUGGAUGCAGCUUGAUAAUGCCUUAUCCGGCACGACUGUCAAUAACAAUUUGAACCAUGACUACGUCGACGCAUACGCACAAUACUUCGUCAAGUAUAUUCAGGCAUAUGCAGACAAAGGCGCCAACGUUGAUGCCAUUACCAUUCAGAAUGAACCCUUGAACAGCCAAGCCACGUACCCUACCAUGUAUGUCUACGCCGACGAGUCUGGCGCACUCAUCCGGGACAAUGUCGGCCCCGCCCUGAGAAAUGCUGGCUUGAAUACAGAAGUUUGGGCAUACGACCACAACACCGAUGUCCCUAGUUAUCCUCAGACGGUCAUUGACCUGGCUUCUGAGUAUGUCAACACUGUUGCAUGGCACUGCUAUGCCUCCAACAACCAAUGGUCUGUGCUCACAGAUUUCCACAACUCCAACCCGAACGUCAAUCAAGUUAUGACCGAGUGCUGGACGUCUUCUUCUGGCACCGGCUGGAACGAUGCCUCGAGCUUCACUCUUGGACCCCUGCAGAACUGGGCUCAAGGUGCAUUGGCUUGGACUCUUGCUACUGAUCAGAAUGACGGACCUCAUCUUUCAACCGGAGGCUGUGACACCUGCCGUGGAUUGGUCGUCGUCAACACUGACACCAAGACGUACGAGUUUCAGGUUGACUACUACAUGAUGGCUCAGUAUUCCAAAUUCAUCCCUCAGGGCGCCACUAUCCUUAGCGGUUCUGGAAGUUACACAUACGACGGUGGCAACGGUAUUCAGUCAGUGGCUUCGCUCAACCCUGACGGUACAAGAACUGUUGUCAUUGAAAACACAUUUUCCAACGAUGUCUACCUCACACUGACCACACAGAGUGGACAGACAUGGAGUGGCAACAUCUACGCUCAAAGUGUGGUCACUUGGAUCUUACCGUAAAGUCUCAUAUUAAAUCACUUUCUAUAGUUCUUGUACAUAAUGCAAACCAACUAUAAUCGUUAGCCCUUCUCUAUUAUUCGCAUUGCCAG